AUGGUGUUCAGAACCAUCUCUUGUCGGUUCGCGGAGAAAUUGCGACCUAUUGCCUCCGAUUUCAGGAAAGGACGAGUCGCUGUUUCUUUUAUUGAAGAUGCGAAGCAACGGCAUCAAACCCGACUGGAAGCUCUAGACAGGAAAUUGGAAGAAGCAGAUCGAUCUAGGAAAAUAAGUUCAACGCUUAACAUACUCAAUCGUUUGUCGGAGCGAGUAUUGUCUUCCAACUCCCGCUUCGUGCAAGUUGGAUCAUCCGUCAAUGGCCUCUCGUGUGAUGACUCCGAUAUUGAUUUGGUUCCUCUUUUGAUCAUUCUACUCGAAAACGGCCAUAGCAUCGACAUCCAAUUCCCAGAUGAGAAUUUUCAAGCUAUUCGUAAUACCAAUCUAAUUCGGCAUUACGUCCAGUGCGACCAUCGCCUUCCUAGAUUGUUCCUCUACUUCCGGACACUCUUUGAUGCUUUGGAAAUUCGCAACAGUAAGUACGGCCUGCUUUCUUCGUACCACAUACUUCUGCUUAUUAUACACUUCUUACAAAGCGAACAGUCAUUGUCACCAUGGCCAGUUUUGCCCGUUUUAUGUAAAACACAUGGGAAUCUCGUUGGUGCGCAGAUCCCGAUUGAUAGUGUGGUGUCAAUGUUAGAAAGUCCUCAGCAUUCAAUUGAAUGGUGUAUGCACAAUCAAAUGACUACCGCUGAAUUGGUUCUUCGAUUCGUUGACUACUAUUCGACAUUUGAUGCUUCACAGUAUGUCAUUCAUAUAGAGAAAGGUCUAACCACUCGCAGAAAGCAGGUUUCUGGCGAUGUUCACUUGCUUCUAAUAGAUCCCUACUCCAAGGCAACAGUUUGUCGGUCAAGUGCGGCCGCACGGGCGUUCUCGGACAGUAUGAUUUAUCUGAAACGGAAAAUGGCUAAUGGUUACUUCCUGGACACAUUUCCGACAUUUUCGGAAGCGUCAUUAUUUAAGACACAGACAAAAUGGUUACCGUGGCGGCAAUACUGCAGAGAGAAGAAGGCUAUUGUGGAUAAAAGAGAAGUUGACCAAAUGGAACGAACGAGAAUAAACCAGGAGUUGUAA